AUGGCAUCCUCGUCCUUCAGAGAUUCGAUGAACUCCCUGGGGUGGUCACGCCGCGACCCGGAUCUGCCCGUCAACACGAAUCAGCAGACCGGCCUGUUAUCGUCGAUCAAGUCGCUGAAUCCCUUCGGUGACGGUGGCUAUGUUAGACUUCCAACGACCGAGGGUCCUGGGGCACCGCUCCCUACGAGGAAUCGACGUGAGGAGGAGGAGGGUUGGUUUGCUUGUGAGUCAACGCCUAUUUUUUCCACUUCUCCCCGUUCCACGGUGCCUGCAGCCGCCACCAUUCUCGCCGGCCAUGUGGGAGAUGCAGCCGUGGUGGCUGAACACUAUUCUGAGUAG